AUGAUCCUCAAAACUAGUAUUAUGUCAGUGGCCAAUGACACCAAAUUUACAUAUGCUGUGUUCCUUCUCACUGGGAUACCAGGAGAGGAGGAUGUUCAUCUUUGGAUCGCUAUCCCCUUCUGCUUAAUGUAUGUUGUUUCAGUAAUAGGCAAUUCAGUCAUUCUGUUCAUUAUAAAAACAGACCCAAGUCUCCAUGAGCCCAUGUACAUUUUCCUUUCCAUGUUGGCUGUCACAGACCUUGGCGUAUCGAUAUCCACCAUACCAACGGCAUUGGGCUUGUUCUUUUUUAACUCUGGAGAUAUCAGCCUCAAUGCCUGUUUUGCCCAGUUGUUUUUCAUCCAUGCACUUCAAUGCCUUGAAUCUGCCAUUCUCUUGCUGAUGGCUUUUGACCGAUUCAUCGCGAUCCAUGAUCCGCUGAGAUACGCCUCCAUCUUAACGCUGCCGAGAAUAGCCAAGAUGGGACUGGUGUGUGUGCUAAGAGGGCUGGUUGUCAUACUCCCACUCCCCCUUCUCCUGAAACGGUUCCAAUACUGUCGAGCCAAUGUCCUCUCCCAUUCCUACUGCCUACACCAGGAGGUCAUGAAGUUGGCUUGUGCAGACAUCACCGUCAAUAGUGUCUUUGGCUUGUUUACUAAACUGUUAACGAUUGGGUUGGACUCGCUGCUCAUCUUCCUCUCCUAUAUGAUGAUCCUCAAAACUGUGCUGAGUGUUGCAUCCCACGCAGAGACCUUCAGAGCCCUGAACACCUGUGUCUCCCACCUCUGUGCUGUCCUGCUCUUCUAUGUGCCAGACAUUGGCCUGGCCAUUUUACACCGAUUCGGGGACAGCUCUUCUCAUCUGCUUAAGAUUCUCUUGGGCCACGUGUACCUGUUGGUCCCGCCCCUGAUGAACCCGAUCGUGUACAGUGUGCAAAGCAAAUCCCUUCGGGCAAGAAUAAUUAGGAUGUUCAUCAAGUGA